UAUUUAUAUCGGGAAACGUGACGCUGGUUGUCGAUAUAGGAAGAAGGAGAAGGAGAUUAGAAGAAAAGAAAACAACGAACUCGGACAUUGGAAAGCAGAGGAAGGAAAUGGUGGUGGAGAACUAUUUAAACGAGGAUUUUGGGGUAGUGAAGUCGAAGCACUCUUCGUCAGAGGUGCUUCAGAAAUGGAGGGACGUCUGUUUUCUGGUGAAGAAUCCGAAGCGAAGGUUUCGCUUCACUGCCAAUCUCUCCAAGCGUCAAGAAGCUGCCGCUAUGCGCUCUACUAAUCAUAAUAAUCAGGAGAAGUUAAGAGUUGCCGUUUUGGUUUCAAAAGCUGCAUUUCAAUUCACUCUAGGAGGGCAACCAAGUGACUACACUGUACCUGCGGAAGUUAAAGCUGCAGGUUUUCAGAUUUGUGGUGAUGAAUUGGGUUCUAUAGUUGAAGGUCGUGAUUUUAACAAGUUAAAAUUUCAUGGUGGAAUAGAUGGUAUCGCUGAAAAGCUAUGCACAUCAACCAACAACGGACUAAGUACUGAUAGUGAUUUAAAUCGAAGACAAGAGAUAUAUGGCAUCAACAAAUUUACUGAAAGUGAAGGACGGAGUUUCUGGGUAUUUGUUUGGGAAGCCCUUCAAGACAUGACUCUCAUGAUCCUCGGCGUAUGCGCUUUUGUGUCUUUGAUCGUCGGCAUAACCAUGGAAGGAUGGCCAAAAGGGGCCCAUGAUGGCCUUGGAAUCGUUGCAAGCAUCUUGCUGGUUGUCUUUGUCACGGCAACAAGUGAUUAUCGUCAAUCUUUGCAGUUCAAGGAUUUGGACAAGGAGAAACAGAAGAUCUCUAUUCAGAUUACACGAAAUGGUUAUAGGCAGAAAAUGUCAAUAUAUGAUUUACUUCCUGGAGAUAUUAUACAUCUUGCUAUUGGAGACCAAGUCCCCGCAGAUGGGCUUUUUGUUUCGGGAUUUUCCGUGCUGAUUGAUGAAUCAAGUUUAACAGGGGAGAGCGAGCCUGUAAUGGUGACUGCUGAAAACCCUUUUCUUCUCUCUGGAACAAAGGUCCAAGAUGGAUCGUGCAAGAUGAUGGUAACCACUGUUGGGAUGAGGACUCAAUGGGGAAAAUUGAUGGCGACUCUUAGUGAAGGUGGAGAUGAUGAAACCCCAUUGCAAGUGAAAUUGAAUGGAGUGGCCACCAUUAUAGGUAAGAUUGGCCUUUUGUUUGCGGUUGUGACUUUUGCAGUUUUAGUGCAAGGAUUGCUAAACCGUAAAUGGCAAGAGGGAACUCAUUGGAGCUGGUCUGGAGAUGAAGCAUUGGAAAUGUUGGAUUUUUUUGCGGUUGCGGUUACAAUUGUUGUUGUUGCUGUUCCAGAGGGGCUGCCAUUGGCUGUAACAUUGAGCCUUGCCUUUGCCAUGAAGAAGAUGAUGAAUGAAAAAGCACUCGUGCGCCACUUGGCAGCUUGUGAGACAAUGGGAUCAGCCACAAGUAUUUGUAGUGACAAAACUGGGACACUCACCACGAACCACAUGACUGUCGUGAAGUCAUGCAUUUGCAUGAAUGUCAAGGAAGUAAGGGAACCCAAGGAUGCCUUUAGCAUGUGCUCUGAACUGCCAGAUUCUGCUGUGAAACUUCUGCUACAAUCGAUAUUUAACAACACUGGGGGAGAAAUUGUAGUUAAUAAAGCCGGCAAAUAUGAGAUACUGGGAACUCCCACUGACACUGCUUUAUUAGAGUUUGGCUUGUCACUUGGAGGGGAUUUUCAGGCUGAGCGUCAAGCAUCUAAACUUGUUAAAGUUGAGCCAUUCAACUCUGUGAAGAAACGGAUGGGGGUAGUGGUGGAACUGCCUGAAGGAGGUUUUCGAGCUCAUUGUAAAGGUGCUUCGGAGAUAAUUCUAGCUGCCUGUGAUAAGGUGAUCAAUGUAAAUGGUGAGAUUGUCCCCCUAGAUAAAGCAUGCGCUAACCAUCUUACUGACACAAUUAAUCAAUUUGCCAGUGAGGCCCUUCGAACUCUCUGUCUUGCCUAUAUGGAACUUGAAAAUGGGUUCUCUGCAGAAAAUCCUAUUCCAGUUUCCGGCUACACUUGUAUAGGCAUUGUUGGAAUUAAAGAUCCUGUACGUCCUGGUGUCAAGGAGUCUGUUGCAGUUUGCCGUUCAGCUGGAAUUGCUGUACGAAUGGUUACGGGAGACAAUAUUAAUACUGCAAAGGCAAUAGCUCGGGAGUGUGGGAUUCUCACAGAUGAUGGUUUAGCAAUUGAAGGUCCAGACUUCAGGGAGAAGAGUGAGGAGGAAAUGCUCGAACUAAUUCCUAAACUUCAGUUGAUGGCUCGAUCUUCACCUCUAGACAAGCAUACUCUGGUGAAGCACUUGCGCAACUCACUUGGCGAGGUGGUUGCUGUAACCGGUGAUGGAACAAAUGAUGCCCCGGCACUUCAUGAAGCAGAUAUUGGACUGGCAAUGGGCAUCGCUGGAACUGAGGUGGCUAAAGAGAGUGCUGAUGUCAUAAUUCUGGAUGAUAAUUUUUCCACAAUUGUGACAGUGGCCAAAUGGGGACGUUCAGUUUACGUCAAUAUUCAAAAAUUCGUACAGUUCCAGCUGACUGUUAAUGUGGUUGCAUUGAUCGUUAACUUCUCUUCAGCUUGUCUGACAGGGACUGCUCCCCUCACAGCUGUUCAGCUAUUGUGGGUCAAUAUGAUCAUGGAUACACUGGGAGCACUUGCACUUGCAACUGAACCUCCAAAUGAUGAUUUGAUGAAGCGUUCACCAGUUGGAAGGAAAGGGAACUUCAUCAGUAAUGUCAUGUGGAGGAAUAUCUUGGGUCAAUCUAUUUAUCAACUUCUAGUAAUAUGGUUGCUUCAGACAAAGGGAAAAGCAAUAUUUCAUCUUGAAGGCCAAGAUUCAGACCUGAUCCUGAACACACUUAUUUUCAACACUUUUGUUUUUUGCCAGGUUUUUAACGAGAUAAGCUCACGUGAGAUGGAGGAAAUAGAUGUUUUCAAAGGCAUACUCAAAAAUUAUGUUUUUGUGGGCGUCCUCAGCUGCACUGUUAUUUUCCAAAUCCUAAUCAUCGAGUAUCUGGGCACAUUUGCAAACACGUCACCUCUCACUUUGUCACAAUGGUUUCUCAGUGUAGUCAUUGGAUUUUUUGGCAUGCCAAUUGCUGCUGCCUUAAAGAUGAUUCCCGUUUGAGCUAGUAUAUUAAGUCAUGGAUAUUCCUCUUUCCCCGUUUGAGCUACUUGAUGGGUCACUGAUCAUGUUAUUCUUUGAAUUACAUGUACACUCCUGUCAAUGAUGGUUUCUACUUAAUUUGUAAAGUUGCUUGUAUAUUAAGUCAUGGAUAUUCCUCUUUCCCUUUUCUCCACCCAUCUUGUGGUGGUCUUGAUCUAAUUAAUCUGCUGACCACCACAGCGGAAGAUUUACAAUCGUUCAGUUACAUUACAAUCA